GCAAAAUCGCAGCUGUGGACCGAGUCUACUUGUUCGCAUAUCAUACACUAAACACUAUCGCGAACUGCUGAGAUCAUGCAUUUAGCUGACAUCGAUACCCCUAGGGCAUUGCAGAGCAUCGCAUCGCUGCAAGAUGUAGAGAUCCAUCGUCUUCGAGGCGAAUGUAAUGCUUUCGAGACCGAGAUACGAAACUUGAGGGAACAACUGAAUGAGCGUGUGGAGGCUCAAACCCUGGUGAACGAUUUGCGGGAUCUCGUCGAGAAGGUCCGUGACGCCGAACACAAUCGAGAGUUACGUGAGAGCGUGAAUCGCCUCAACGACCAAUUGCAUUCUCAGCUGAAUGAGAAGCAGCAGCGACUCGUCGAACUCGAGGCGUCCAACGAUGCGCUCAAAACGACCCGCGCACGUCUAGAAGAAACCCUGAUACGGGAUAAGGCGCGAUUUGAAGAGAAAUUCAAGCAAGCCUGUGCCCAUCUUGGAGAAAGAGACGAUGAUAUAUGCUUCCUCGAACGGAAACUUAGCGAGAUGGGGGAGAGAGCUAAGCUUGCCGAGCGGGAACAACAAUGGACAGAGCAGCAACUAGCGUCGUGCUCCCGAUACGUUCAGGAGUUGCUUGGAGAGAUCGCCGACGUGACACAGAAAGCGCAGCAGAGCCUCGGAGAGAAAGCAUCCUCUGCGUUCCUCAGAGGAUCGAGGCUCAACAAGUGGGUAACACAGAGAACCCUGCAGAUAACUCAAGAGAAUCUUGAGGCAGUGAAGUCCAGAGAGGUUUCGCUCUUGAUCGAGAUUGCCGAGCUGAGGCGGCAGGCCGAGCAACGAGCACUCCCAGGGGAGUCUUCACAAAUACCAUGUAUCGGUAACGUCAUUGUGUGCGCCGACGAACCUCCGAGAGACUCAGUGUUCCGGACGCAGUCGACUGUCCGCCAGAACGAUGAUGAUCCUCGCCUCUACAUGACGCCGGGAGGUGUCUUGGAAGACAUGUUCAGAGCAUUGUCAAGCAAGGCGCCGGAUCCACAGGCUAUCAAAGAGAUCCUGGGAAUCAAGAACAUCGUCAUCGUCACCCCGGCCGAUUUUGUGUGGGCCAGUUGCCCCGAUACUGGCCACUUUGUCAAAGCGGCGUUAUUUCGCACCAAGGGCGACAAAUGGCAGGAUACGAAGCUCAAAUUUAUCAAGCGGCUUCAGAAACGAGGCCCUACGGAGAUCAUCCCAUACUUUUCGGGUGCCUACUAUUACGUAGGGACAUAUACCGUGGGCGAAGCGGAAGCUAUGAACGCCGUAGACUUCGAGGGGCUUCCUGAGAAGACUCAACAAGAAGUGAUCAGCUCAUCAGGAAAGCCGACGGAGUGGGGAUCGCUGCGAGAGUUAUAUCUGUGUGGCAAGCUCUCUGCGCUUAGGUUCCCGGUGCAGAGGACGGGUUUCAACUCGCCCUUGCACCAAUAUUUGCGUCAGAACGCCUGAAGUCUUGUACGGACCCAAUAAGUCACAGCAUGCAUCCGGCGUAUAACGUCCGUCUCCGAUUUUCUUCCACAGUAUCGAUGUUUGCUCUGAUUUCAGUUGGCAGCUUUGUUUCUAUAUAUGCUUGCGUUUCAUCCCAUACACAGUGAUGCGCGGGAACUUCACGACAUAAUUGAUCUACUCGAAGCGUGAGGCGCGACUUCGAAGUGACGCAAGCCCACCUCCCAGAGAAUCUCACGACGCACGGAACAGCUUCAACUGUGAAGCUCGCAAGUCAUAGCGCGGCCCGCAGGGAGACAGGGAUCCAAGUGCAAUCUUGGCUACUUGGGGAAGCGGAAGCCGGGAACGGCCAUUUCCUCCAUUCAAUUGCGUUCAUUGCCAUUGAUGUUGUUGGGGCCCAUCGAGGGCAGGGCGAGUCGAAUGGCUCUGGUGCCACGGAUGCCACGCCCAGUAAUCGCUACGUACGUAUC